AAAGGCCUGCUUCAUAUCCAGAAUGUCAUUAAAACACCAUUUGAGUGAAUAUUUGUAUUUAAUUUAUUUGGCGUCGAGAGAUUUUGUUAUAAAGAAAGAGAAAACAUGUCAAGUAAAGUUGGUGUGAGAAGUGCAAUGGCUGACUACUGGAAGGAACACUCGACAUCGGCAUCACUAAAAGAGAUGAUGUUGGACAAUGAUGCAGAGGAGUUGCACAAGGAGGAGAUGCCGGAAAUACUCUCCUACCUCCCAGAGUUCGAUGGCAAAAGGGUGAUAGAACUCGGAGCAGGCAUAGGGAGAUUUACAAGUGUUUUUGCUGAGUCAGCCUCAAAUGUUGUAGCUGUUGAUUUCGUGCAGGACUUUAUCAAUAAGAACAAAGUUGCCAACAGUUGCUAUGGUAACGUGGAGUUCCAGUGUGCUGAUGUCACCCGUCUACAGAGAGACAGUAACAGUGCUGACAUUGUGUUCUCCAACUGGUUGUUGAUGUAUCUGUCGGACACGGAGGUGCAGGAACUGCUACAUAAGCUGCUGGAAUGGCUGGACGAUGAUGGCUACCUGUUCAUCAGAGAGUCUUGCUUUCAUGCUUCAGGUAACAAGCCACGUACAAACAAUCCCACCCACUACCGAGAUCCCCAGAUGUAUGAUGCCUUUGCCGCCUCCACCGUGGUCCCUUGUGGGGAGAGUCAGUCCUACGGCUUGGAUCUCGUGUUUUCAAAGGCGGUAGCCACAUAUAUUAAACGUAAAGGUAACGGGAACCAGGUGGUGUGGUUGUGGCAGAAGGUGAAGCGGGACGUGUCUGCCAACCAGGGCUUCCAGACCUUCCAGGAGUUCCUCGACUCUCAGCAGUACUCCAUCAACGGCAUCCUCCGUUAUGAGAAGAUAUUUGGCCGGACAUUUAUCAGUACUGGUGGACUUGCAACGACAAAACUGUUUGUAGACAUGUUGAACCUGACCGAGGGUGCUUAUGUACUGGAUGUUGGCUGUGGAAUUGGUGGCAGUGCUUUCUACAUGGCCAAGGAGUUUGGGUCACGGGUUGUUGCCAUGGAUCUGUCAGCCAACAUGAUCAAGCUGGGGAUCCAGAGAGCAGCGGAGGGAGGUGUAGAUCCGGACCAAGUCACCUUUGAGAUUGCUGAUGUCACAAAACGAUCCUACCGCCCUGAGUCCUUCGACAUCAUCUACAGCAGGGACACCAUCCUCCACAUUGCCGACAAACUAGCACUCUUCAAGAGGUUCUAUAAAUGGCUGAAACCAGGUGGGAAGAUCUUGAUCUCCGACUACUGCUGCAGCGCCGAGGAGCACUCUGACGUCUUCAAGUCAUACGUCAAACAGAGGGGCUACAUCUUGUACAGUCCUGCACAGUAUGGGAAGUUGCUGGAACAGGCUGGCUUUGUUGAUGUGAGAGCGGAGGACAAGACUGAUCUGUUCACAGAGGUUCUUAAGGCAGAGCUGGCUCGCACUGAGCAAAUCAAGGAUGUCUUCAUUAAGGAGUUCAGCCAGAAGGACUAUGAUGACAUCGUGUCUGGCUGGAAGGACAAGCUGUUCCGUGUGGGGUUGGGGGACCAGAGAUGGGGGCUCUUCUAUGCUGUGAAGCCAUGAAAAAUUGUGUGAAUCUCAAAAUCUGACUUGUCUCGCUUUGUGAGAGGACAUCAUGACUUUUCAUGCAAUGAUGCAACUGUGAUAAUCAUCCUUUCCUGGUGAAUCGGGAAGAAAACUGUGAUUCUGUUUACCUCACUGUGGGCGUAUGUUUCACGCCAUCAUCACUAUAUUUGAUCAUAUUACAGGUCUGGGUAAUUGUCAUAAAUUAGAUGGCUAAUUAUAAAGAAAGGAAUGGUGAAGUUGGACCUGUCAUGAAAAUAGAAUGAAAAUAUGUUUCUGUGACAUAUACACAUGAGUAUUAAUUAAGCAACACCCACGUUUUCGGAUAUGUGCUUCAUUAUCAAUGACUAUUGGUUGUUGGAAACACGAGUAGUGAACUGACACUCAAAAGACCUGGCACUACCAUCACACAUGUAAUGAAGCUGACACUAGCAAUUUUAUUGGCGUUAUGAGAAGUCUAAGCACAUUCAUUUCAACAUCACUGAAAAGUAUCUGUACCCAGCCCUCACAACGAAUCGGACUGUCACAUGAUGCAGUGAAAAAUGAUGACUGCCAACCUAGGAAUCACCACUGACUCUGUAAUCAGUAUCUGGUGUAGGCAGCCCUCUCACGGCUGACAUUCGCAAGGCUUCUCUUGAUGCGGCUGAUCAGAUAUCGGAUUUUCAACAUAGGGAUCCUCUGCCAUUCCUGGUGCAGUGCUUGGUUUUAGACUGGAGGGUCUCAACUGUCAUUUGGUGGCCAAGGUAAUCCAAAACGUAUUCAGUUCAAAUCAGGCUUUGUUAUUAUUUUUCGGAAUUGGAUUGUGAAUUAGGUGGUGCUUAAUUACUGCUCAUAUGUGUAUAUAAAUGGUAUAUUGAGUUAUCAAACUGAUGACUGAAAAGAGUCACAAUUAUCUACUGCCUGAUUGACACUUUGUGUCAAAUGUGUCUCGUCUUGCUGACUCAUGUUUGAAAUCCACAUCUUUGUGCAGUGCCAUGGUUGAUCAGAUAGCCUCACUUGCAAGAAUGGAAUGACUGAUUGUCGCUGGGCUUGUGUUCCAGAUCAGGCCUUUGUUUGCCAUUUGCUUGUAAUUAAUGUGAAUAAGGUACUUCAGUGAAGUUCUUUGAUGUCUCAGUUCAUGUUAAAUCUCACAUCAAAUUAAAUUGAGAUGAUCAAUGCUACAGUUAUUCCUUUGAUUCACAGCUUUUAUCUCUUGUAUUAAAAAUGUAAAUGUAUCAUGAAAAAUAUGGGUUUGGGUUUGGGUAGGGUUACAAAAAAGUGCUAUUUUGUUUACUGAAGGUAAUGAUGUCAGGUGACAUACCAGUGCUAUGGGUGCUAUAUUCACUGAUCAUGAUCAAUUAUUCAUGAUCCCAAACAUUUUUUGUUCAGUAUGUAUUUUUAUGUACAACAGUGUUGUGUAACACAAGGUUAUGACAAGAUGGCACUUAUAUGUCAAGUAAUAUCUUAACCAUAUGAUCUUUCUGCACAAGGCAUUUUUACAGUAUGUUCAGAAAAUUGGAAACAAAACCAGUCACACAAAAGUAGGAAUUAGCUGAUGAUGAUUAUAUGUACAUUGAUGUAGAGAAAUGUAUAUAUUCUAGGUGUCCUUGGUUUUACAGAUUUUUACAAAAAUAUAGUAUUUUAGUGCCAAAUAUUUUUUCCUGUAUUUUUUCUGUAAAAGUAACAAUUGAUGAAGGAUAUACAAAGUAACUGUUUGUAAAGAUAAAGAAACAUAUUGUCCUUUUGCUAAGUACUUACUCAGUAUAUUCCAAUGUAGAGGUGACACGUGACCCCACAUACGUUACAGUUAUUAGUUUUCAUGUAAUAUGGGUUAUAUGGCUUUCAACACAAUAAAUAUCUUAACUCUUGGAUCAUUUAUGUAGUGGAAUGUACAUGUUCUAGAUAUGUUUGGUUUUAAAGAUUUUUGACAAAAUGUGAUAUUUUAGUGCCAAACAUUUGUUCCUGUACUUUUCUGUAUAAGUGCAAAUUGAUGAAGUCAAUUGAUAAAAAACUUACAUUAGCCUGAUAACCAUUCAACAAAUUAUAUUUUUAAUACCAUGGUAACAUAGCUUGUCAAGGACGUCUACCUCUUGUUAACCAACGAAUGACUGUACUACGCACAAUUCUAUAUACUGGUGGCUAACUCCUUUAUAUAAAAGGUUUCUGCAUACCUAUAUGUUAUACCAUAUGUCCUAUAGGCAGUUGUGAUAAGUCAAUUCAUGUUGUUGAGAGCACAGUUGGACGUACAGUUUACUGCUGUUCCCAAUCUUCAUCCUCAUCACCGUCACAUCUUUUUCUUGUUUCAUUCAUCCACUGAUAGAUCAUGAAGCACGUUACUAAUUUGACACUUCUUCAGGAGGAAAUGGCAAUACAUUCAAAUACCGCUUGAAAUGGACAUAUUCGGUUAAACCGAAGCAAUUAUAUUUCCUUUUUAAAGGAUUAAUCUAUAAUACAUGUUUAAAAAUAAGUGUUUUUCAUUGUUUAAGGGGCAUUUGGGUAGAUUUUGUCUAUGAAUAUUUAUCAAGUUGUAACAUCUUCUUUUAAAAUUCUAUGGAGGUUAAGAAUGUGUUUGUGGCCUCAAUUUUGCAUCACAAAAUAUUUCCAGAAUCACACGAGGUUAUGGAACAGCACUAAGAAGCCCUGUGACUGUUAACCAGUUUGUAGCUAUGUUAAUAACUGGCCCAUGUUAUUGUCCCUUGUGUAGGGUGUUUAAUAAAACAUUUAUUUAUGUGUA